GACCGUUGCUUCAGCCCCAGGGAGGAUUAUGUGGCUUGGUUCUACCUUGGCGUCGAACCACGUUAAGCGAAGUUGAUACGAGCAUAUUGAACCGCAAAGCAUGGCACCGUCUGACACCAAUCAAGCCUUCCUCACAAAAGAAACGCCGACAAGAGAUGAAAAUCACAGCCAUGGACCAACUAAUAGAUUUCUGCAUCGGUGGAGGUCAUCAUGGCAAGCGCCAACCACGAUGGUAGGCCUACUUUGCCUAGGUGGCGCUCUAGCUCUCGGCCAUCAUUUUUUCUACCGAUCACUCCAGGGCACAAGAACACCAGACAAUUAUUCUCAGCAGCUCAACACUGCCUACGGCACUGCGUUCGCCUUCCUUGCAAAGGCCUCGCUGAUCGGCGCUAUCAGCUCAGCAUAUACUCAACAUAUGUGGUUCGAUUUUCGCACAAAAUUCACGAAGAUAUCGACCAUCGAUUCCAAAUUCACAGCGCUAUCCAAUAUCUUCUCGUUGCUAGAUCCCCAGUUCCUGUGGAAGUCCAAAAUUGGUGUUAUUUUGGCAUUGUUCUCCUGGUUACUGCCACUUGCGGCCAUAGUUACGCCCGCCACUCUUUCCGUCCGCACGACACAAUCUUCAAACAUUACCAUGUUGCCCGUUCCGAAAGCCGAUUUUGCGUCCUUUCCAGUACCUGUUGCCGGGAAUGCUCUGAACCCGUCAUUAGACCGACUUUCAAGGUUGGUGAGUUCUGGCAUGCAGAUCCCACCCGUCAGCGCUUUCAUUCCUGACGCAACGUACUCCUUGGAGUUUCUGGGCCCGUCUCUUCGAUGCAGCACCGCUGCUAACAAUGUCCUCAAGAACAUUGACACCGUGUUCGACACGAUCGGUAAUAAGACUGGAUCACAACCAAAUGCUGUGUACAUGGCUUUCAGUCCAUUUACGCCCGUCACUUACAGCGGCCGUGCCUGGCCGAUAGACGACCCCGGACAGGUUUCCGAAAAUUCAAAGGAUUGGAAAACCUUCGUUUCCUUAUGUCUUACAGGUUCGAGCACCGUCUGCUCAUUCAUCCAGCCGGCCAUCUAUGGAAGACCGGAUAACUCGACCGUAGGUCAGGGCAAGACAAUCGACACUGCAAAUGCUCUCUGGCUUCGUCUCGGCGACGAACGCCUUGCAUGCUCAAUCCAACGGACUCAGUUCAAUGUCCAAUUCGAUUCUCGUAACCCUUUCUCUGCAUUGAAGAGCUACAGUUAUGCACAUCAAGGCACUUUCGAUGCAACAUCCAACGAAACUCGCGGCUAUGUCGUCGCAACUCAACCCCUACUAAACAUCCUCUCGGGUGCAACCUGGUUUAUUCCCCGCUUCUGCAGCCUUUCCCAGGCGCAAAUGACUAAGUGCACAUCGGAUAUUUCAUACAGAACAUCGCGAACCGCCAUCCAUGAAACAGCGCUUACAGCAUUUGUUUCUUCAAAAGCCAAUGAAACCUAUCAGGAAAUAUUGAAUAUAGGACUGAAGGAAAGCGGCGGCGUCAACUCGGUCAUGGGAAGUAGCAGCCCGCCGCCGGAAGUCGACAUGCUAGACCUAAAGCUUUCCCGCAAUCUUACAAUCGGUGCCAUCAUCGAAGAAAUGAGCAGGAACAUGACGUUAAGUUACUUCACAGACGCGAGAUACUUGUCAUUCAACAGCACUACCGUCUCAGUGACUACGACUAAAUCUUUCAACGUCUAUGUGUAUAACGUCCGUAACCUCGUUCUUGCCUACGCCAUCGCGGUUGGCGCAUCGCUCCUCGCAGUCCUCGCGGGGAUGUAUGUUUAUAUUUUGAACGGCCGCAUCAACACCACGUCGACAUUCUCGACUAUUUUGUGUGCGACAGUUCAAAAUCGGAGAUUGAUUGACAUUGUGGAGCGGGCCGCGCCUUUGUAUGCGUUUGGAAAAAAGGCUAAUUCAUUACUCGCUGCACCAGAGAUGUUGGAGGCAAGGUUGAAAUAUGGCAGGUUAAUAGAGCAGCAUGGCGGAGGUGGGCAAAGAAGGGAAUAUGAGGAGGCUGGUGGAUUUAGAGGUGCGGAGGCUUUUGGGGCGCCAGACCAGGUAUUGUGAUCAUCUAUAGAAACCACGAAAAGAUGGAUUAGAGAUUCAGUUAAAUCGAUCCUGGCUUUUUUGUCUAUGUAACAUUAUAUUACACUCUUUCUAGGGGGCCCAAGGUAUGCAUUAGAGAGGGAGAGAGAGAGAGAAAAGAAAAGGUUAUAAGUUUAGGGGGCUC